AUGAAAAAGCAAAGUCUGAGAAAAUUUCAGAAGAAUAAAUGCUCUCCAAAUAUAAGGUUGAAAUUAGAAUUCAAUUUUAGAUAUACACAACCAUUAAAAACCAACCUAGAAUUUCUACAUAAUUCAUUUAUCAUUUGGGAAACAAAAGUACCUCAUAGACAUGAUUUCUUAAAAUCAAAAUUGAUACAUGAUAUUUUCCCGCAAUUUACAUUUAAAUCUGGAAUUGCUGCGCCAAUGUUGUUCGAGAAUCAAAUAAAAUUGAAAAUUUAUGAGGGAAUAUUUAAAAGUUUAAAUAAAGAGAAUUACGAUGCUAAUAAUGAAAAAUAUUUAGGGAAUGGAAAGACAAAUAUUUUUAACAUAGAAAGUUCUGGUACUGCCACUAAUGAUAUUACUCCCUUUAACAAAAAUUUACUGACUUCUAUAUCAUUUCACAACAUAAAUACGAUAAAAGAUUUAAAAAUUAUGGAUAGGUUAAUGACAGAAAAUGUAGUUAAUAAUGAUCAUAAUAAAAUCAACAUUAAUAAAAGUAAAUUCAAUAGUAACAAUGAUCAUAUUGUAAAUAUAGUAGAUAUCAAUGACAUCAGCGGUGGGAACAUCAACCCCAGAAUUAUUGCAGUUGGCUUAAAAACGUCAACCCCUAUUAUGUCAAGUAUACCCAAUUUAUUAGAAGCUACUACCUCUUCAUACUAUAGAGAUGGAAAGGUGUCGUAUGCAAAAUUGAUGGAAGUGGCUAGGAAAAGAUCAAAAGAGGAUAGGUUUUCUGAUGAUUCGAUAGAAGGUCAGGUGGGGCAAUUCUUACAAAAUUUAGGAGUUAACAACGAUUUAUCUCAGCCACAUUUACUAUCUUCAGAGUGGUUAUUAUUUACUGAGAGCAUUUAA